GCGCGCCGGAUCGUGCUUAAUAUUCAAUGAUCUCGCUCGCGCCUCCCCCUCCUCUUCUCGCAGAAAUUCCACCGAGUCCGUUACUGGGCUCAGACUUUUAAGUUAAUUUAUUGCCCCCCCUGCCCUGGCCGGUAAUCAGCGCCUUUAGGGCCAGCCUCCCCCCAGCUCCCGCCUGAAAAUGACAUUUCGCUGGCGUCUCUGGAGGGGGCUGAAUUUCACUUUGUAACUUUCUGCGGAACCCGAGCCCGGGUGGCAGCUCGGGUGGUGGUAUCGUAUGCAAAUACGCAUGCUGACGUUACAGAUCAUGUGGGUUUUGGCGUAGAUUCCCCACUGAUCGAGGCAUUUUUUUUUCCCCUUUUUUUCCUUUUUUUUUUUUUUUCUUUUUAAAAUUUUGGCCACCGUUCUCCGUACGGGGGCUCUUUCUGUCUGUCUGUCUGUCCGGCAGGCUGGUUUUCCCCCUCUUUCCCACGGAGCCCGAGCCGGGCGCCCGCUGGGGAGUGGGGAGUGGGUGGGGGGAGCCAGCAGAGUUCCAUUUUGGAACGCCCGUGCCGCGUCUCCGCGUUCCCAGCCCGGGUCCCCGCGUUCCCAGCCCCGGCGCAGGUCUUGAUGCACUGACUGUUCAUGGAGUCAACCCAUUCAGAUCCCCAGGAUGUAAGCAAUACGGGACGGAUAUGAUGCUGCCUGGCGUGUUUAGCGAUUGGUGCAGUUGCAAUUUUUUGUGCUGAAAUCAUUCUGAAAACUCAAACAGUAGACUUCAGCAUUCAAGGGAAGCCAAAGCCAUUUGAGGGGGAAUAAAGCCAAAAGCCUUUUAUCUUAUUUGUUCCAAGAAUUUCACUGCCCCUCUCCCUACCCCCCUCCGAAAAUAAGCCAUUGCACACAGACAGGCAGCAUGGCUAGCAAACGGAAAUCUACAACUCCAUGCAUGGUGCGGACAUCACAAGUAGUAGAACAAGACGUGCCCGAGGAGGUAGACAGGGCCAAAGAGAAAGGAAUCGGCACGUCACAGCCUGACGUGGCCAAGGAUAGUUGGGCAGCAGAACCUGAAAAUUCUUCCAAAGAAAAUGAAGUGAUAGAGGUGAAAUCUACAGGGGAAAACCAGUCCAAAAAACUCCAAGGGGGUUAUGAAUGCAAAUACUGCCCGUACUCCACGCAAAACCUGAAUGAGUUCACGGAGCAUGUUGACAUGCAGCAUCCCAAUGUGAUUCUCAACCCCCUCUACGUUUGUGCUGAAUGUAACUUCACAACCAAAAAGUACGAUUCCUUGUCUGACCACAACUCCAAGUUCCAUCCCGGGGAGACCAACUUCAAGCUGAAGUUAAUCAAGCGUAAUAAUCAAACUGUCUUAGAACAGUCCAUUGAGGCCACCAACCAUGUUGUGUCCAUCACCACCAGUGGCCCCGGAAGUGGUGACAGUGAUCCUGGGAUCUCAGUGAGUAAAACCCCCAUCAUGAAGCCAGGGAAACCAAAAGUAGAUGCCAAGAAGGUACCCAAGAAGCCCGAGGAGGUCCCCUCCGAGAACCACGUGGAAGGGACUGCCCGCUUGGUGACAGACACAGCUGAGAUCCUCUCGAGACUGGGAGGUGUGGAGCUCCUCCAAGACACGUUAGGACACGUCAUGCCUUCUGUACAGCUGCCACCAAAUAUCAACCUUGUCCCGAAAGUCCCCGUCCCACUAAAUACUACCAAAUACAACUCUGCCCUGGAUACAAAUGCCACCAUGAUCAACUCCUUCAACAAGUUCCCUUACCCGACCCAGGCGGAGUUGUCCUGGCUGACAGCUGCCUCCAAACACCCAGAGGAGCACAUCAGAAUCUGGUUUGCCACCCAGCGCUUAAAGCACGGCAUCAGCUGGUCCCCAGAAGAGGUGGAGGAGGCCCGGAAGAAGAUGUUUAAUGGCACCAUUCAGUCGGUACCCCCAACAAUCACUGUGCUGCCUGCCCAGUUGGCCCCCACGAAGAUGCCACAGCCCAUCCUGCAGACAGCUCUCCCAUGCCAGAUCCUCGGUCAGACCAGUCUGGUGCUGACUCAGGUGACCAGUGGGUCAACAACCGUCUCUUGCUCCCCCAUCACACUUGCCGUGGCAGGAGUGACUAACCACAGCCAGAAGAGGCCUUUGGUGACUCCCCAAGCUGCCCCCGAGCCCAAGCGUCCUCACAUCACUCAGGUGCCAGAGCCCCCACCCACUGUGGCCAACCCCCCAGUCACCCCAGCCAGCGACCGCAAGAAGACAAAGGAGCAGAUAGCGCAUCUCAAAGCCAGCUUCCUCCAGAGCCAGUUCCCUGACGAUGCUGAGGUCUACCGGCUCAUCGAAGUGACCGGCCUUGCCAGGAGCGAGAUCAAGAAGUGGUUCAGUGACCACCGGUAUCGCUGUCAAAGGGGCAUCGUCCACAUCACCAGCGAAUCCCUUGCCAAAGACCAGUUGGCCAUCGCAGCCUCCCGACAUGGUCGCACGUACCAUGCAUACCCAGACUUUACGCCGCAGAAGUUCAAAGAGAAAACGCAGGGUCAGGUUAAAAUCCUGGAAGAUAGCUUUUUGAAAAGCUCUUUUCCUACGCAAGCAGAACUGGAUCGGCUAAGGGUAGAGACCAAGCUGAGCAGGAGAGAGAUCGACUCCUGGUUCUCGGAGAGACGGAAGCUCCGGGACAGCAUGGAACAAGCUGUCCUGGAUUCCAUGGGGUCUGGCAAGAAGAGCCAGGAUGCGGUGGCCCCCAACGGUGCUCUGCCUCGGCUUGACCAGCUCUCCGGUGCCCAGUUAACCAGCUCUCUGCCCAGCCCUUCACCAGCAAUUACAAAAAGUCAAGAACAAGUUCAUCUCCUGAGGAGCACGUUUGCGAGAACCCAGUGGCCUACUCCCCAGGAGUACGACCAGCUAGCGGCCAAGACAGGCCUGGUCCGAACUGAGAUUGUGCGCUGGUUCAAGGAGAACAGAUGCUUGCUAAAAACUGGAACCUUGAAGUGGAUGGAGCAGUACCAGCACCAGCCCGUGGCAGAUGAUCACGGCUACGACACCCUAUCAAGGAAAGCAGCAAAACCCGUCGCCGAGAGCCCAAAGAACGGAGGCGAGGUGGUUCAGCAACGUUGCAAGGACCCCAAAAAGCUCUGCGAAGAGGACUUGGAGAAGCCGGUGCCCAGGCUGAAAGUGGGCGGUGAGCAGGCAAAAGACGGUUCGCCAGCAAAGCCCUCGGAGGCCACCUCGGACAGGUCAGAGGGCAGCAGCCGGGACGGCCCGGGCAGCGAGGAGAAUGAGGAGUCGGGCGUGGUGGAUUACGUGGAGGUGACCGUGGGAGAGGAAGAUGCCGUCUCAGACAGGUCGGACGGCUGGAGUCAGACCGCGGCCGAAGGCGUGGCGGAACUGGCCGACUCGGACUCCGACGGCGUCCCUGCCGAGGCUGGCCGGGCGUAGACAGGGAAGCCGUCAGAACCGCUGUGGUGACAAAGGGACGCUCUGUCUUUGAAGGAAGAAGAGACCAUCCCUCCCCAGCUGUGGGCCACCCUCCCCAGUGACUCCAAGUGGAACCACGUAGCUCUCGUGUGCCUGGAGGGUGCGGGAACCCCAGCUGCUCUCACGUGCACCUCCCAGAGGACCGGUGGGAAUUGUUCAUAGUGCCAAAGUCCUACUACUGCGUUUUCAAUGGGUCCUUGUAAAUAGUUUGCUCCUCUGCCCUGGCCCCCACCUCUUGCUAUACUGGAACUGAUUUGUAUAAUGUGGGAAUUUUGUUACCUUUUUAAUCGAGGGCAACUUCCUUUUCCAGCACUACCAUUGUAAGGUUUUUUCCAAGAGGGAGGGCUAACCACGUUGCUUUUCUUUUUUCUUUUUCUUUUUUUCUUGUAUUAAUUUGGGGGAGGGAGUGUUAGUAUUAGUGCCAUGAUAUCUACUGGAUUUUAGGAAGGGAGAAUUUAUUUUUCAAGGUAGUUUGAAAUUUGGGAGAUUUCUUGGCAGGAAAAGGCUGAGAUCCAGGCCUCUGUCUCGACUUGGAGAGAGUUUACAGACGGCAGAUCUUCCAGAUCAAAUCUGUUUCCAGUUCUUCCUCCAGCUGCCUUUGGGGAUGCGUGGUGGGCAGGACUCUCUCAACUGCCAAACGGGGGUCUGGAUUCUCAGCUGCUCGGCCGCAUAGGCUGGGAGAACUGGGUUGCAGGUGGCUGACCUCUUUAAGCACCUUUUUAAAUACCUGCAGAAAGGGCUCCCAUGCUUCUUAGCAUUGUCAUGACUUUUGUGAAAUUAAACAACAAAAAAAGAUCUUCCUAUCUAGAUGGUACAAAGAUGAACAGCUUUGGUUUUCAUUUCUCUUCUUAACUGCCUUUUCUAGGUGGGGUAUUUGACAAGAUUUAGCUUGGACCCUCACCAAGAAUUGAUUGUUUGUUUGUUUGUUUGUGUGUUUGUUUUGGGCCGAUUUUAGAUACCUGAGUGCACUUUUUUUUUUUAGUUCCGACUUUUAAAGAAGGAAAACCAAGAGACAUAUCCAGUGUAAAUGUUGCGAUAUGAAUUAUGUUUGCAAUCCCUUUCCCCUCUCCCACUGCCCCCCUUUGAGUACACUGCACAAAUAAAAUGCUAGGGAGUUUGAAUAAAACCAAUUUUUCUAACUUGUUGCUCAUUUGUUGUAACUCAAUAAAGCAGAGACUAAACAUUUUUAUAACCUUU